AUGGAAAUCAGCUCAUUGAAUUUGAAUGACCUUAUUUUUAAUGGGUUAGUACAUAGUGUCGAACUGAACGGAAACGAUGAUGUUUCAACCAGCGAAAUAAAAUUGCUUCGCAUACCAACGAGUAAGCAGUUGAAUGACAAUAUUUUCCGACUACUCAACUGUCUAUUUCCAAUCGAACAAACCGACGAGAUGAUUCAAUACCAAUUGAAAGUAUCAACAAAUAAUUUAGUUUCCAUCCUGUCCUUACAGUUGGCUGCGCCUAGUAGACUUGAUCGACACAAAUUACUAGCCGCUGUAAUGCAGGGCGAAUUUGCAGUGCUGACAAAGUAUGUUGUCAAGUCAUCCGAAAAACUUAAGCAUAUUCAAUCUCGCAGCGAUGAUGCCGUUGAGAACAACAAUUUAUACUAUGACCAAUGUGUCGCAAAUUUCCUAAGCAAACAUACACCCGAAAUCAUGAAUUCGGUAGAACUUAAGAAUCAUCUAUUUAUAGAUACUAGAACAGACAAUCAAGUCUAUACUAUCGAGCAAAUCAUAGAACCGAUUCUAAAAUGUGCCUAUAGUAAUUUUUGUAAAUUUAAUGACGAGAAUCUUAUUUCGAGUCUCGAUGUGGAAGCAACUUUCAAUCGAUUGACUCGUUUAUUGUCUUGUGCUCUCUUCAUUAUGUGGUCUAAAACACACGGUGAAUUGGUUGAAGACGAUCUUUGGACUUAUUGGUAUCGCUUUAUAACACUUACAGGUCUCGUAUGUGUCUUACUAGAUGCUUACUAUCGGCGUGCUACCAAGAAAAGUGGAAUUUUGCACAUCCUAUCCAAUAAAUUUGCGAUUGCAUCAUUGUCGAAUGUAGUGGUUACUAUUGAUACAGAACAAUUCAACGAGCUUUUAUCAGAAGACACGUCACUAGCACAUAGCUAUACUGGCUUGCAUGAUAACUCUCAGAAAAUUGUGGACAUCGAGAUAUUUUUUGUUCAAGCAAUGCAAGACAUAAGCGAAGCACUAAAGGCCAUCAUUGAAGAACAUACAAUUGCAAUGCUUGCUGAGAAGAAAAAGGCUGAGAUGAAUUCUGUAAAUGAACAUAAAAAGGAAACCAUUUCAUUCAUCAACGAGACACAGGAACAAAUCAAAGAUAAUUCAAUAACAAGCAAAUUAUAUAUUACAAAGUGUGCAUUAGGAUUUCAGAUCAACAGAGACAAUGACGAUUCUCGGUACGACAGUUUUGCUCGUCUCACUGUAUUACAUGUAUUCGAGUUAGAUAUACGUGAUGUCGCUGAGCUUAUAUCUCAACAGAACGAAAUAGAUUGGCCUGACAAACGCAUUAAUAAAUCAUUGAUCGUAAACAUUUUACGUAACACCGUCAAUGAGGAUCAAAAACCUAAAGGAACGACAUCGAGGCAAAAUGUGGCUCAACGCAUUAAAAAAGAAUGGACAACAGACGAUGAUAUGUCUUCAGUAACUGCAUUAGAAAAAUUCAAAAUAGCUUUAGUCGAUUUAAGACGUUACUUUCAGUAUGAUGACGAUCUAAACAAAAUUUUGGAAUGUAAACCAAGGGCAAAUGUAAUACCAAACAUUAGUGCAUUGAACUCUUCAGAUUUUCCGACAUUUUGCAAUCAAAAAAUUUGGAAGCUAAUUCAAUGUAGUCCAGAGGCGAAAGAAGCUCUCAAAAUCUAUCACAAUCAUCGUGGUGGUUGGGAAAUCUUCGACGCUUUCUCAGUGAAAUUGGCUCGUCUCGGAUUCGGCAGGAGAGGUACAGGACGAAUAGUUGCUGCAACAGACGAUAGGAACACAGUUCGAGUUCUAUUACAUAUUGGAAGUCACAACACUUACAUGCUUUAUCGAAGCAAGGCACAAGCUGGUGUCGUCGCAGCAUACCAUGGUUCGGAUGAAAAACGACAUCAACCGAAUCUCACUUUUGUCGACUAUCUGAGAUUAAGACCGAAUGUAUUCAAUGUGAGCACUCGCCUCGUACUAAAUUGA